GGCGAUUCCGACGACAUGGAGAAGAGGUCCAGCGGCCGCAGGUCCGGCAGGCGGAGAAGGUCACAGAAAUCCAGCGACUCCCCCGGGGCCGACACGGCGCUGCCCGACAGCGCGGGCAGGGACGACGCGGUGUUCGACUACGAGGUGGCGCCAAACGCGGCCACCGAGAACGGCUCCGCGGAAAAGAAAGUGAAAUCUCCGCGGGCGGCCCCCGACGGGGGCGUUGCCUCUGCUGCGGGCGCCGAGUCCAAGCCCAGCCCCGGUUCCAGAGGGCAGCUCCGCGGGGAGUCGGAGCGGGGCAAGCAGCCGCCGCCCGCCUCGUCCCCCACCAAGAGGAGGGGCAAGAGCCGGGUCCCCGAGGCCGCGCCCACCUCGCCUGCUGGCGGCCCGCGGGCUCCCGCCAAGGAGUCCCCCCCCAAGAGGGCGCCGGCGUCCGACCCAGCAGCCAAGGGCGCCGCGGGGGGCAACGGGGAGGAGGUGGCCCGGGUCAUCCCCCGCGAGCUCACGGUCAAGAGCAGCUCGCUGCUGCCGGAGAUCAAGCCCGAGCACAAGAGGGGCCCGCUCCCCAACCACUUCGACGGCCGGGGAGAAGGAAGUCGAAGCAAAGAGCUGGGCAGAUCGGCCGGCGGUCCUGACGCCGAGGGCUUGAAGCCCAGGAACCAUUUCGGUGUGGGCAGGUCGACGGUGACCACUAAAGUGACCCUCCCUGCCAAGCCCAAACAUGUGGAACUAAAUCUUAAAACCCCUAAGAAUCCUGACAGUUUGGGAAAUGAGCAUAAUCCAUUUAGCCAGCCAGUUCAUAAAGGAAACACUGCCAACAAAAUCUCCUUGUUUGAAAACAAACGGGCCAACAGUAGUCCAAGGCAUGCUGACAUUCGAGGCACAAGGAACACUCCUGCCUCUAAUAAAACAUUUGUUGGGAGAGCGAAACUUAAUUUAGCCAAAAAAGCCAAGGAAAUGGAGCAAUCUGAAAAGAAAGUCAUGCCAAGUAGUCACCAGAAUGGUAUGAUGGUGAAGGAAACCUCUGCAGAAUCCAAAGUUACUGAAGAGGAGAUUGUACCGGCAGCUGGGAGCCCCCACGCAGGAGGAACGGAGGGCAAGCCCGCUGAGGGUCAAGCUCUCGGUCCUCCGCUUAACCAAGGUGAGAGAGCAGAUGUGCAAACAGACGCCGGCUGCCCUUCUGAAGCAGUGGUUACUGCUCCGACUUCUGUUAAGGACCACAAGCUCUUAGGAGAGGAUGACUCAAAGCCUGCAGACAACAAGAGGCUUGUAUUCGAAAAUAUGACCGAUCCAGCAAAAGACAUUCCCGCCGUUCUUGAUACCAAAGACUCACCUCCAACAGCCGGACCAAAGCCCCAGGGUACGUUUUCUGACUCACAGCCCCCAGCUGAGUCAUCUAACGGGCCUUCUCUUUCACAGCCCGCACCCGACGACACAUGUGUUGAAGCUCCCACGAGCAAUUUUUCAUGCACUGAUCUAAAAGUGUCAGAAAACCAUAAUGAAUGUGUUCUGCCUGUGACACAAAAGAAGGAUGAGAAAGUGCCCCCCUCCAAACUUCCAGGAGAAGGGAGAGAACCAAGCCCACCUUUGUCCACAGAGCCCAGCCUGGGAGCCAUGGGCACAGAGGGUCCAUCCAAGGUCCUGGUCCAGGUCCGAUCCUUUGUGCUCCCUGUGGAGAAUACCCAGGAUGUAGGCCCCCAGGUCCUCUCAGAGAUCUCUGAAGUUAGAGAAGCACAGUUCCCAAGUUGUCACAACGAUGAACUUGAAGUGGUUUCUGUUGCAAGCUGUGCUUCCCAGAAAGAGGAAGUUCUGGACAAUGAGAGCAUAUCACCCAAACACAUUCACUGCAGAGAGGAAAAUGCAGCAAAAUCUGGCCCACAAGUUAUGCCUCCAGAAUCAGAGAAUACUCUGCCUCUCCAGGCUCAGAGUCAGGGAGACAGAAAAGCCCUGAAGGCUGAAUCCAGCCCUGUCAUCUCCUCCGGGGACAGAAAUCAUUCAGAAACUCCUCAAAGGCUGCAUCAGAAUGUUGUGAAUGGCCAGGACAGCCCUGCCAGUCUUUUGAACAUUUCUGCUGGUAGUGAUGAUAGUGUAUUUGAUUCUUCUUCCGAUAUGGAAAAAUUCACUGAAAUUAUCAAAAAGAUGGACAGCACAGUCUGUGUGCCUCAGAAGAAAAAGAAGGCCAGGGUGCCAAACUCUCCUGCCCCUCACUUUGUCAUGCCUCCUAUUCACGAGGACAAUUUGGAAAAGGUGUUAGAUCCCAAUGUGUUUACCUUUGGUUUGGGGAAGAAAAAGGAAAACCAGCCAGAAAUGUCACCGGCCUUACAGUUGAUGCAGAACCUUGACACGACAUCCAGACUGAGGCCCAAACGUACAUCCACCGAGCAGAGCAUCCUCUUCAAGUCCUUGCACACGCACACUAAUGGGAAAGACGAACCUCUGACAGCUCCAGAAACAAAUGAUAAAGAGAACAAAGAGGUUACAAAUGGGGGCGUUAAGAGGUCUAGGCUAGAAAAAAGUGCACUCUUCUCAAGCAUGUUAUCUUCUUUACCACACGACAAAAUCUUUUCUCCCUCUGUGACAUCAGUCAGCACUAUGACCACAUCUUUCGGUGCUUCUCAGAACAGUUCUCUUUCUCGGUCUUUGCCGCUGCUGCCAGGGGCGGAGGGUGCCCCACCCUGCGGUUUAGACAAAGAACAGCCAAACCUUCCACCCAACAGCUUAAAGGUCUUCAACUUCAACACAACAAAUCCAUCUCCUUCGGGUUUGAAAAGUCCAGGCUACAUGGAGAAAUACCUUCCAAAAGAUGAAGCCAAAGAAGAUCUGGGCUCACGAGGCAGUCAGCACUUGUCAGAAGUGAAAUUUUCUGAAUUUUCUAAACUCAAGAACAGCAAUGAUCUGGAAAAGGCUAAUCAUGUCGAAAGUGUUCUUAAGUCGAACUUGCCAAACGGUGGAAAUAGCGACACAGACUUCAUGGGUCUUUUCAAAUCUGGCCGGUUUGACCCAAGCCUUUCUUUUUCUGCAAUGUCAUUAUCAGAUCCAACUACACUUAGAGGAAGUGUUACUAAUAAAAUCAAUCCCCGGCCUGGAAAGGUAGUGAUCUACAGGGACCUGGACGUCUCUGAGGAGUGCAUUGAGGUUUUCGGGGACAUGGAGGACUGUAGCUCCUGGCACCUCUCGCCGGUGGUAGUCAUCAGGGUCGUCAGAGGAUGUUGGAUUUUGUAUGAGAAGCCAAAUUUUGAAGGGCACUCCAUUCCCUUAGAAGAAGGAGAAUUGGAACUCUCUGGUCUCUGGUGUGUAGAAGACAUUUUGGAAGGCAACGAGGAGGCAGAGUCGGCUAAGCCCGUGGCGAUUGGCUCACUAAGACAUGUGGUCCAGGAUUACAGAGUUAGUCAGAUUGACUUAUUUACUGAACCAGAAGGGUUAGGACUCCUAAAUUCCUACUUUGAUGACACUGAAGAGAUGCAGGGGUUUGGUAUCAUGCAGAAGACUUGUUCCAUUAAAGUACACUGGGGCACGUGGCUGAUCUAUGAAGAGCCUGGAUUUCAGGGUGUGCCUUUCAUCCUGGAACCUGGUGAAUACCCUGACUUGUCCUUCUGGGAUACAGAAGAAGCGUACAUUGGAUCCAUGCGGCCUCUGAAAAUGGGUGGACGUAAAGUCGAAUUCCCUACAGAUCCAAAGGUAGUUAUUUAUGAAAAGCCUUUCUUUGAAGGAAAAUGUAUGGAACUAGAAACAGAAAUGUGCAGUUUUAUGGACGAAGCAGGUGAAACAGAAGGAACAACGGAUGACAGUUUGUCGUUCACGUCAGUGGGGUCGAUGAAGGUUCUGAGAGGAAUUUGGGUCGCUUAUGAGAAGCCUGGAUUUACAGGUCAUCAGUAUCUGCUUGAAGAAGGAGAGUACAAGGACUGGAAAGAUUGGGGAGGUUAUGAUGGAGAACUUCAGUCUUUACGACCUGUAUUAGGUGAUUUUUCAAAUGCUCACAUGAUCAUGUACAGUGAAAAAAACUUUGGAUCCAAAGGUUCCAGUAUUGACGUCUUAGGAAUUGUUGCUAACUUAAAGGAGACUGGCUAUGGAUUGAAGACCCAAUCUAUCAAUGUACUGAGCGGAGUGUGGGUAGCCUAUGAAAAUCCUGACUUCACAGGAGAACAAUAUAUACUGGAUAAAGGUUUCUACACCAGUUUUGAGGACUGGGGAGGCAAAAAUUGUAAGAUCUCUUCUGUGCAACCCAUAUAUUUGGAUUCUUUCAUUGGCCCAAGAAGACGAAAUCAGAUUCAGUUGUUUUCGGAACCACAGUUUCAAGGUUGCAGUCUAGGUUUUGAAGAAACAACAAGUCAAAUUGAUGAUUUGUUUUCUACCAAGUCUUGCAGAGUUUUAGGAGGCAGCUGGGUUGCAUAUGAUGGAGAAAAUUUCUCUGGAAAUCAGUACGUGUUGGAAGAAGGCCACUAUCCUUGUCUCUCUGCAAUGGGAUGCCUGCCUGGAGCAACUUUCAAGUCUCUUCGUUUUAUAGAUGUUGAAUUCUCGGAACCAAAAAUUAUUCUUUAUGAAAGAGAAGACUUCAAAGGAAAAAAGAUUGAACUAAACACAGAAAUAGUUAAUCUCCGAUCCCUUGGAUUCAACACACAGAUACGCUCUGUUCAGGUGAUUGGUGGCAUAUGGGUUACUUAUGAGUAUGGCAAUUACCGGGGCCGACAGUUCCUGCUGUCACCCGCAGAAGUCCCAAAUUGGUAUGAAUUCAGUGGCUGCCGCCAAAUAGGUUCUCUGCGACCUUUUGCUCAGAAACGAAUUUAUUUUAGACUUCGAAACAAAGCCACAGGGUUAUUCAUGUCCACCAAUGGAAACUUAGAGGAUCUGAAGCUUCUUCGAAUACAGGUCAUGGAAGAUGUUGGUGCUGAUGAUCAGAUUUGGAUUUAUCAAGAAGGAUGCAUCAAAUGCAGGAUAGCAGAAGACUGCUGCCUGACGAUCGUGGGGAGCCUCGUGACCUCGGGCUCGAAGCUGGGCCUGGCCCUCGACCAGGACGUCGACAGUCAGUUCUGGAGCAUGAAGUCAGACGGCAGGAUCUACAGCAAGUUGAAACCAAAUUUAGUCCUAGAUGUCAAAGGGGGUACGCAGUAUGACCAAAAUCACAUUAUCCUCAACACUGUCAGCAAAGAGAAGUUAACACAAGUGUGGGAAGCCAUGGUCCUAUAAACCUGAAUAAAGAGUGCGGGAGGAAUGUUUCUGGAGGUCUUCCAGCUGCGUGUAAAAAAGACUGGUAACAAAGGGCCAAGAGGAAAGUGGACUCGCGCCUCCUUCGGUAACUAAAUCCACGCUUGAAUGACUGCCGUGACCAGGACUACUGUCUCCGCUUUUCAAAGGACUGUCUGAUAAGUUUUACACCAAUCGUUUGUCCUUCUUUCAUUUCCUUUCUGCAGCUGCUUAAACAGGUUGCCUCGUUAGCAGCUUUUGGGUGUUUUAAGAAAAUGUUAUAUCAAGACUCUGUACAUUUUAAGUUAUUUCCAAAGACAGUGACAGGAGAGGAGAGUAACAGACUUGAAUAUACUUUGUGGGUCUACAAAUGCCUUACACUUUAAGGGCACCUGGUGGUUGUCAGCUCGGGUCAUGAUCUCACGGUUCAUGAGCUGGAGUCCUGCAUGGGGGCUCUGCUGACAGCUCAGGGCCCACUUCGAUACUCUGGUCCCCAAACUCUCUGCCGCUCACUCUCUCUCAAAAUAAACAUUAAAAAGAAAAAAGUAAAGGAAAUGAUAAAACUUCAAGUUUGGAAGGCAGAAGACUGGUUAGUAUCUGGGAAGAAUGUAUCAGGCCAAUAGUUUUGGUCCUUCUGUUUUCUGGAAUCGAUUAUGCUGUACUGGCAAAGUGGGGAAAGGCUUAUAUAAUACGACACUUUAAGGAACGAAGUAAACAAAAUUCUAUUUUCUUAGUACUAAAAGGUAAUAAAUUUAUAAGAUUUCAUGUCAUGGCUGCUAACAUUAGCAGGAUUUGGAUUAUUUUAAUCCACUUGUGGCCUGGCCUAGAAUGUCACAAAUAAGUGCUGCCCAAUGCUUUUCUUACAGAUGCUACGGAACAGUGUUACUGUGACCUAAUUUAUUAGCCCAUCCUCCCUCAUCUACAAUUAUUUCGGAAGUAACGUCAUAUAAUCUUCUCUAAACUCAGGUCUUUAGCCUAACUUCCUGCCUUCCCGUGCCGCUGCAAUCGCACAAGGCCUGCAUGGAGUGUGGCCGCUGCCUUCUGGUGGUGGAAAUGAGAGGUGGAAGGUUCAAGACAACCAGCACUUCUCUCUAGAACGUGAAGGAAAGGAGGCCUUCAGCAAUGCUGGUCAGACUGUAGAACUCUGAAAACCCUAAAAAUGCAGCAUUUCAAUGACAAACGAAAUAGUUUACCUGCUAACAACUCACUGGCCCAUAGGUUCAAGGAGUGUGUUCUCGUGUCGAUAGACUCUUCCUCCUUUUGUUCUUCCUGUGACCAGAGCACUGUAUUAUUAACAAGGAUAAUGAAAUACGGACAAAUCUCGUUUCCUUUUUAUCUGUUCCAGUGGUUCCAAUUCUGAGCUGUCGCUCCUCCCUGGAGGCUCGGGUAGGCUGUGGUGGUCAGUAGCUUAUCUUCAGUUUUAAAGGAACACUUAUACAUGUCCAAUAGGUCUUGUUCUUAGACGAGGUAGAACUCCAAUUUUAGGCCUCUGUGCUGUGGUCAUUCUGCGGGAGUUUUGAAUUUCUCUCGAAUAAACUGGUUUCUGGUUAACUGUA